GAGGAUUUGUUGUGAUCAUAGCAACAUCGCUAGUUUAAACGAAGUGUAGUAGGCUUUAUUGAAAUAGAGAAUAAAUUAGUCUGCAUUUUCUUUUCGUACGAACAAGAAGUUCCAACAGGAUUUACGGAAAGAAGAUACAACUUGAAACAAACCACGCCCCACGAACCACGAUGGCCUCUUCCUCGUCCAGCAGCAGCAGCAGCAGCAGAAUGUCGGUGAUGGACCGCGACCUCUGUCUGCUGCUGGUGGAGAUGUCGUCCGAGAAGGUAACCGUGCGGCAGAAGGCGUUCAACAAGAUGAGCACCAUCCUGAACAACCGGGAGGACGAUUUUCUCGACUACAUGGCAUCGGAUGCGUUCGAGACGCAGUGGUGCGCGGUGCUGGAUGCGGCUUACCACGGCAUACAGAAGCAGAGCUACGCCAUUACGACCCAGGUGCAGAGCAAGAACCACGACUACGUCGUGGUGCUGCACAAGCUCGUUGAGCUGGCGAUGGAUCGGGAUGCGCCGCAGCUACCGCACAGCCAGCUGAUCGGGUGCUUUGUGCGCGCGAUCAACGAUCAAGCGAUGCGGGACAGUUUUGGUGUGUGCUUUCUGCACGUGCUGAACAAGUUCGUGCUGUGCUCCAAGUGGUGCCUAACGCCGGUGAGCUACGAGCACUGGAAAGAAAUUCUUGACUGCUGUUUAGUGAUGCUGGAUACAGCGCACGUACCAAAGCACUUGGCGGCCAACUGUCUCUCGCUGGCUGUGGUGAAAUUUUUAGCCAACUGCUCGAUGCAAACACUGCUGGCGGACUAUUUGAGCCGGCUGAUUGUCCACCUGCGCCAGGCGGUAAACGAGAAGAAAAGUAACGUUUUAUGCGAUCUGAUAAACAUAGCUUUGUACAUAACAGAAGCGAUAGCGGUGGAUUGUAAGGCGAAGAUCAUUGCAUUCUUGGAGUCGCUCGUUCCAUGCACGGUGAAACUUUACAAGGAAGCAAACUUGCGCAAGGAACAGAAAGUGUCACUGUUCCGGUUGAUGCAUCUGUCGCUGAUAAUGUUGUACCCGGGAGGAAAAUCUCAUACCCUUGCCAAACCACUGACCCGAGACGGUUUGCAGCAGGUCGAGGACGAUGAAGCGCGAAGGAAAACGUUGCGCGAAUAUCAUUACAUACUGACGAGUGAAAUGAAGGCACGGGAUCAGAGUUCGUUCUUUGGCUCGAAUGAGGCCCCUUUUGCUGAUGGUUUCAUUGACUUUGCCGCCCGGUUGUGUUAUACGGUGUACUGGAACGAGGAUAAUUGGAAGGAAUCUAGCGGCGAAGAAACGGCCGCAAAGCGAAACAAACAGUUUAACAAACUGCAAAGCAUCAUGGAGAUGGUCGGUACUGCUCCAAAUCAGCUUAAUUUGCGUUGGUUGUACAUCCUUUCUGCGGUUCUAGACAGAUAUGAGGCAGCACUUACUAGCGACGACUAUGCGCAACUGUUGCAACUGUUGUGCAAUGUGCAACCGAGCCUACAAUCGCCGCACGAGCAUGAUGCUUUCUACCAGUGCUGUUCCGUGCUGCUCGCGUUCGAACAAAAGUCAACCCAUCGAUCGUUGAACACAGCGGCGGCCAGCGGUGAAUCGAUUGGCGAGCUUUGGGCCAAAAUGAUAGCCGCUGCGUUCCGUGCCUGCACCAACACCGCCGCAAGAACGUGCGCUAAAUCCAAUCUCCUGCUGCAGCUAUUGAUUCGCCAUCGAAAGUAUCCGAACGUCGGCUUUCUAAACAGCACCGUGCUGGAAGCCUUUUACACCUAUGCCGUGGAGAAGACGAACCUUAACGUCGGCACGGUGCUGUCCAUCCUGGAGACGGUGGGCAACGCCGAGUGUCUCGGCAGUGUCGACGGUGUGCUGACCAAGCUGCUCAACUAUCUCUAUCCGCAGACGCGCGAAACACAGUCGAAAGCGAUACUACACGCAAAGGAGCGGCUGAGCGCAAAGACGCUGGCACGCAUUUCGAUCCUUUGCGUGGUGACUACAUGUUGCGCAAUGGAUGAGACAGAGCGGCACACACACGCCGGAGUGCACGAUACCUUUUACCGGGAGCGAGACGGGCAGUUGCAAACGCUCGAGCAAAGACUUCGCUACCAUAGUUUAGAGGAAUUGCUAGCGUUGGAGCAGCACAAAAAGGAAGGGAUUGAUGCGGAAUCACCCCAAGGCAGCGCACGAAUCUCUUACAACAUAAACGAACCACUGUUUUUUGCGCCUGUGUGA